GCGUCGCAGGCGCUGCAUGGCGGAGUGUCCACUCCAUCGCCCAUGUCAGUCAGGCGGUUUGUUGUCGAGCCUUCACCUUCAAUGGUGGAUGUGCAAGGAGAGGAUAUGGAUAGGGGGUGGCCCGUGUACAGUGCUACUUCGUCCCCUGCCGGGUUGAAAGGCCGUUCCUUUGCUGGAGACGAAGAUGAGUAUGUUGACGACGAUGAAGGUGGAGGUGAUUGCAGUACCACUAAUGCACAGAACUCCGACAAUGUGCAGAACGACAUGGACAAUGUUGGCCAGACAGAUGGGGGGAAGAAUGUGGUCGGGCCCCAAAGCAGCAGGUGUGGAAACAAGCUGGGGGGGAAAGAUGGUGCUGCCAGAAACAAGAAACAGAACAUCCCGUGGAGCUUGGAGGAGAGGAUCACACUGUCGAGAUUGAUGGCCGAGGAUGACGCCCUAAUGGCCGACGCUGAGGGCCAGCAUCGGUUCAAGAAGAGGAAGGGGCGGUAUGAGUGGGUACACGAUCGAAUGGCGGAUCACAGGUUUCCGCACAGGUCAGCAGAGGAUUGUCGUAAGAAGUGGCAGGGCAUGAUGGCUGUAGCGAAGUUAAUUCUCGACAAGUGUGAGGAUGCUUCAGGCAAACCUUCAUUAUGCGACAUGACUAUGGAGCAGCGGAAGGCGGACCAAGUGCCAGUAGACUUUGAAAAAGCAUUGUGGGAAGCGAUGGAGUGGCAACUGAAUCGACCUUCCAUCAAGUGUGACAACACGCUAGCGUUGGAGAAUUUAUCGGGUAAUGCGGGAGGGCCAUCAGCGGAGACCGGUCCACCACAACACUCGUCGGGGAAAAAUGGUUCCGGCGGUAAAGCAACGGAAGAUUCCGACAACUAAGCAAAGAUGCGGGGGACGAAUACUGGCAAAGGUAGGAUGGACAACACGA